UUGCACACUGACAUGCUGACAUGUGUGUGUUACGACAUUUAUCAUAUAUUUAAAUUAAAUUAAAAUCUUAUAAAUGAUAAGCUUAAGGCAAUCACUUACUUUCAGUAUAAACGGUAUAGUCAAGUAUUUCAUGCGGCCGAUGUCUGCCCACAGUAGCAACAAAACCCAACUAAAUCACGACACUGUACCACAUGUUAAAGCCAAAGACGCGGCUAAACGAAUAGUAUGGGUAGACUUAGAGAUGACAGGGCUAAACAUCGAGAAGGACUAUAUCAUGGAAAUUGGCUGCUUAGUGACCGACGCUCAGUUGAAUGUGGUGGCAACUGGGCCCAAUAUUGUUAUUCAUCAGCCUGACCAUGUCUUGGAGAGCAUGGAUGAGUGGUGUAUCAACCAACAUGGUGAGAGUGGCCUGACUGAGUCCUGCCGCAAAUCCAACGUGUCAAUCGAAGAUGCUGAAAAGCAGAUACUACAAUUCAUCAGCUCCCAUGUACCUGAGAAAAAAUGCCCGCUGGCCGGCAACAGUGUUUAUAUGGACCGUUUGUUUAUACGCAAAUACAUGCCGCAGUUUAACCAGUAUUUACAUUACAGAGUAAUUGAUGUGAGUACUAUUAAAGAACUGGCUAAGCGUUGGUACCAGAAGGACUUUUCUAACAUUCCUCAGAAGAAGUUUUCGCAUCGCGCUGUGGACGACAUUUUGGAGAGUAUUGAGGAGUUGAAGUAUUAUAAAGAACAUAUAUUUAAAUCAUGAUUUCCUUGUGCGUUUUAGCAAAUUUUUACCAUGUUUAGAUUAAUUUGACGUAAUAAAUAUUGUCAUGUGUA